AUGAUCUGCAAAGAGAUCGCAUCUUCACAAAGAUGGCCCAGUUUCAGCAGUGAUGUCUCUACAGGAGACAGAGCCAGAACAAGAAAUUCUCUACCUACCAGACGAUCAGCAGAAAAUACAAAGUCCCCUCUACUGGCAGUCCUGAAAAAGAUUCCACAGACAUUGAGACAAGCUACACGGCAGAGGUUAGAGUGUGGCUAUUCCAGACAAUUGUUAGAUGUUGCAAAGACUUUCCAGAGGUGGCCACUGAUAGAUAAGAGAACAUGUUGGCAUGGUCAUGCAGGUGGAGGACUCCACACAGAUCCAAAGCAAGGGUUGAAAGAGAUAGAUGCUGGGAAGAUUAUCAGGGCAAUGUUAACUUAUGUAUGGCCCAAAGACAGACCAGACCUGCGAGCCAGAGUUGCCAUCUCUCUGGGAUUUUUGGCAGGUGCAAAGGCCAUGAAUAUAGUGGUUCCCUUCAUGUUUAAAUAUGCAGUAGACAACCUCAACCAGAUGUCUGGAAACAUGCUGAACCUGAGUGAUGCACCAAAUACAGUUGCAACCAUGGCAACAGCUGUUCUGAUUGGCUAUGGUCUGUCAAGAGCUGGGGCUGCAUUAUUUAAUGAAGCUAGAAAUGCAGUAUUUGGGAAAGUAGCCCAAAAUUCCAUCAGAAGGAUAGCAAAGAAUGUAUUUCUUCAUCUGCAUAACCUGGAUUUGGGUUUCCAUCUGAAUAGGCAAACAGGAGCUCUGUCAAAAGCUAUUGACAGAGGAACAAGGGGCAUCAGCUUUGUGCUGAGUGCUUUAGUAUUUAAUCUGGGACCCACCGUGUUUGAAAUGGCACUUGUGAGUGGAAUUCUGUAUUAUAAAUGUGGUGCACAGUUUGCAUUUGUAUCCCUGGGGACACUUGGCGCGUAUACAGCAUUCACGGUAGGAGUUACACAAUGGAGGACUAAAUUUAGAAUAGAAAUGAACAAAGCAGAUAAUGAUGCAGGGAAUGCUGCAAUUGACUCGCUACUAAAUUAUGAAACUGUGAAGUAUUUCAAUAAUGAAAAAUAUGAAGCACAGCGAUAUGAUGGAUUUUUGAAGACGUAUGAAAAUGCAUCACUGAAGACUACUGCUACCUUAGCUAUGCUGAACUUUGGGCAAAGUGCUAUAUUCAGUGUUGGCUUAACAGCUAUUAUGGUGCUUGCUAGUCAGGGAAUUAUUGCAGGGAACUUGACAGUUGGGGAUCUGGUAAUGGUGAAUGGACUGCUGUUCCAGCUUUCUCUACCACUUAACUUCCUGGGAACAGUAUACAGAGAGACUAGGCAAGCUCUCAUAGAUAUGAACACCUUGUUUACACUGCUCAGUGUAGACACAAGAAUUAAAGACAAAGAGCUGGCUCCACCGCUGCACAUCACACCACAGACUGCUACCAUCGCCUUUGAUAACGUGUAUUUUGAAUACCUUGAGGGGCAGAAAGUCCUUACUGGAGUGUCUUUUGAAGUCCCUGCAGGAAAGAAAGUGGCCAUUGUAGGAGGUAGUGGGUCAGGAAAAAGCACAAUAGUAAGAUUACUAUUCCGCUUCUAUGAACCCCAGAAAGGAAACAUUUAUGUUGCUGGUCAGAAUAUACAAGAUAUCAGCCUGGAAAGCCUGAGGAAGGCUAUAGGAGUUGUGCCUCAGGACGCUGUUCUUUUCCAUAACACCAUCUACUACAACCUCUUAUAUGGCAAUAUCGGUGCAUCGGCAGAAGAGGUGUAUGCAGUAGCAAAAUUGGCAGGAAUCCAUGAUGCUAUUAUUCGAAUGCCCAAUGGGUACAACACACAAGUUGGUGAACGAGGACUCAAGCUCUCAGGAGGGGAAAAGCAAAGAGUUGCUAUUGCUAGAGCCAUCUUAAAGAAUCCUCCUAUUAUUCUCUACGAUGAAGCCACGUCGUCUUUAGACUCAAUUACAGAAGAGAACAUUCUCAGUGCCAUGAGGGACCUGGUGAAGCACAGAACAACUGUUUUCAUUGCACACAGAUUAUCAACAGUAAUUGAUGCAGAUGAAAUACUUGUCCUGGAUCAGGGUAAAGUUGCUGAGCGUGGGAGCCAUUUAGAGCUUCUUGCCAAUCCCAGCAGUCUCUACUAUGAGAUGUGGCACACACAAAGCAGCAGAAUACUAAAUAGUAAUAACAACCAAAAAUGGGAAGAGAGAAAUAAUCAUAUGUCCAAAGAAGAGGAAAGGAAGAAACUUCAAGAGGAAAUUAUCAACAGUGUGAAGGGCUGUGGAAAUUGUUCAUGCUAA